GCGGGGCGGCGGCGACGGCGACGCCGUUUCAGGGCGGGCGGGGAGGGCGGUGGCGGCGGCGCCGCGGUCGGAGGCAGAUUUUAGGCUGGAGGUUUUCCCGGCUGUCUUCGGUUUUGAACUCGGCUUUCCAAGACUUGAGGUUUUUAAGAAGAAAUCAGAGAGGGGCUGCCAAUGGAGUUUUAUCAUGACUGGCUAUCUAUCUAAGAAACUUGCCUGGGAUGACUAUGCCUUUGAUUUAAAGCACGUGCAAGAUCCUGAAGAUUCCCAUGAGGCUCACAAGAAGAAAUCAAAAGAGGAGGAGAGGAGACCAGCAGUCAGUCAGUGGGAUGUGGAUGUACAACCCCUCAUUUCAUCUGCUAAAUGGCUUCAAGUUCAUGGGCUCAAAAGAAACAAAUUAUCCUUAUCCCAGAUUUUGUCACAGAUUGGAUUCCAGCACAGGAAAGAUUAUGUGACCACUUUGGGGAAACUUGUGGCUUCUCGAUACGCAGAUGGUCUGUUUCCUCAAUACAAGAGAGCACAAGAUGGCACCGUGUACAAUCUGACAGCCAAAAAAGAACUGAUUCUCCAUUUUGUGGAUUGUCUAAUGGGAGCUAUUGAGCUAUAUAAGCAGCGAAUGGAAUGGUUAACCAGUGAGAGCCGGCAGAUAUUUGGAGUGAUUCAAGAACGGUGCAUUGUCAUUGUUUUGGAUUUCGGCACUGCAGCUCCACCCGAAUUUGAUCUGUGUCGGGAUGCACUUUCUAUGGUACUUGUGGAACAGGUGACCCAGAUUGCCAAAUUCAACCUAAUUCGGGCUGCUCAGGAUCUUAUGAGGUGGCAACAGAAAUCUACUCCUGUGUCUGAGUACACUGUAAAAUCUGCUCUUAUGUGGCUCUGGAAGCUGGACCCUGAGGCAGCUGCCAGCCGUACCAGCUCUGCUGAAGCCCUGCUGGAAGCCAUGAGUGAUGAGGCGGUUGAAGCCAUUUAUUACUUUGCUGUGGGUGACAUUCCAGUGGACACAAAGCAGCUACUCCUUGAGAAGGUUUCUGAUGGCCCCUGCCUGGUCAACACUGUAUCUUUCAAUGCUAGGGAAGAUGAAACUAUUAUUUUUCUGAAAGAGUUGAGCCACUUGGCCUCUGGCAGAUUCCAUGCUUUUGCUGAGAAGAAUGUCUAUAGAGAUGCUACUGAACCUGCACUAAAAUGUGAAGAGGAUGGAAUUGUCCUGAAUUCCAGAAGAGUGAAAGGGCGAAUGCCACUAGUAGCUGGUGUCCGUGAAGAUGUCUUUUUGAUCUGGAAGGAGUUGGAGGAAGCCAGGAGUACAGUGAGACAAAUUCAAAAAAUUGUAUCAGAAUCUGACCAGCCUGCUUCUCGAGAUGCUGAUCAUCCAUUACAAAUGGAUACAUCUGAUGAAUAUUUGUCUUCUGAGAAGUGGUUGCAGAAGUAUGGCUUGAAAGCUCAGAAGCUCACACUAUAUGACGCACUUGCUGAUUGUACUUUUCGCCAUGUGGAUGGGAUUGUUGACAUAAAAACUAAGCCAGAGGAUGAAUCUUCACAAACUGAUGCUGAGACAAAGAGGAAGGUAAUUAAUGCAAAAUACUGUGACAAGUUUGUACAUACCUUCUGGAAAGAUGGCUCUGUAGUUCAUGUAUACAUCAGUACAGAAAAGUAUAAGCAAUAUGAAGAGAAAAUGAGGAUGGCUCUCAGACGAGUGGAACGAAGGAUUAAGUGGCUUCAACAAGGAAGCAGAGGGCUCUUUGGGAACGUGUUUGAAGAUGAUGUCUACAUUCUUAUUGAUACAUCCCAGUCUAUGAAGGACAAGCUGCCACUGGUGAAGGAGAAAAUAGUUCAACUCAUACAGGAGCAAUUGAGACACAAAAAGAGAUUUAACUUUGUGAAAUUUAGUGCCCAGGCAGUGGCAUGGCAAGAGAAACUUGCUGAAGUUAAUGAGGAAAAUUUGCAAGAUGCUUGGCUUUGGAUAAAAGGGCUUGAGGUUGGAAGUUCCACAAAUACACUCAAAGCUCUCCAGGUUGCUUUUGCCGAUACUGACACUCAGGCUAUUUAUCUCUUGACUGAUGGGAGACCUGACCAGGCCCCCCAAAUAAUUUUGGCUCAAGUCCAGCUUCAUCGUAAAAUUCCCAUCCAUACUGUAUCCUUCAACUGUGAUGAUAUAGAAGCUAAUAAUUUUUUGUACAAACUAUCUACUGAAACAGGGGGAAAGUUUCAUUAUUACAACAUUCAUUUGACUGGCCCUGAUGCUUCAGAGUUGAUUGAUAAUGAAGACAUACGUCUUUUAAAAAGGGAGAUUGAACAAGGAGAAAGAGACUUAGAGAAAGCGAAGACCUUUCAUGCUAAAUGUCUGAUGAUGGAUUAUUAUGAUGGGGAAAACAAUCCAGUAAAUAAAAGCAGUAAUCACAAGCAGACACAUGUGGUGUCUUCUGGAACCAAAGAUGCUGAAGAGCUGAGCGCUACUCUUAGCAGCAGGCUGUGCUGUGCUUCAGAAGAGCCAACGCUGACACCACAUCAGCAAACCUGGCAAACCACUGCUGACAGUCCAACCCGAAGGAAAAAAGCAUUAUACGCAGAGCAAACAAAGACGAGUCUGCUGCGAAUCCUGAGCCACAGUGUGAAAUCUAGGGAAGAAAGCUCAGAGGAAGGAAUAUCUCCUGAAAAAAUGACCUUUCCUGUCAAAAAGAGCGUGAAGUGUACAACUGUUUUCAAAGAUCUGAAAAUGCAGAAAGCUGUGAAAAGGAUAUCUAAAAGUUCUCUAGACGUCUCUUCGGCUGUUUGGUUAAAGACACAUGGCUUGGUUGCCAGGCGACUCACCAUCAUGGAUGCCUUAGCGCCUACAGCUGUCCCUCAUGGUACCAAAUACAUCCCAGUUCUGGACAAGCAUGUAGUUUCUAAAGUAUUUGACGAGAUGUUACCGUUGGCGCAUGUUAGCAACAAGAAGCGAAUCACACUAAUUAAUCCCCAGGCAGUGAAUCUUGAUGCCUAUAAAGAGAAGCUGGAACAAGCAAUUAAAUCCUAUGAAAGGCGCCUAAACCUGGUCAUUUGGAGAGCCCUGUCUCAGCAGGAAAGAGACAAAUUUAAGGAGGAUGGGCCAGUCCAAUAUAUGCAGCAUAAAGAAGCUUUGCUGGAGGCUUUAGAGAAUUUGGGAUGGCCAAUUUCCUAUGAAGAUGUAAUAUUGUUAGAAGAUGAGAUACUGGCAGCAUUCACAUAUAUUCAACAAGCCUCUGAUCUUCAGGAAGCUGUCAAAAAGGAAACUGAGAAAAGCUCGGAAUCACAUGUAAGCAACAAUAAAAAGAGACUUGGAGAAGAGACUGUGAAGUCAAAAUCUAAAAGAGGACAAAAAGUAUUUGUGACUCACAAAAGCCAAAAGGUCAUUGCAAGAUCAGAUGUCACAGGAUUUUAUUAUCCAGGAACAGUGAUAAAGAAUAUCAGUUCUACUUGCGCACUUGUUGACUUCAGCAAUGGGGAAGCCUGGAUUGUGCCUGUGAAGUUCGCUAUACCUGUGGGGGGUGCUGUGCCAUGCCCCCAUCUGCAGGUUGGAGACUAUGUCUUUGCCAGAACUGGGACGCUAACAGGAAAUGAAUAUUAUGCACCUGCCAUUGUCAUAGCAACACCAAAGAGGGUGGAAAUGGGUGACAAACUCUACACGGUUCUGCUGUUCAACAACAGGAAAGAACACUGUGUAAGAAGUGGGCUUAUUAAAAUCAGCCAAAUGAAGUAUGCCUUCUCCUGUCGGUACAUAAGAAUGGCGCAGAUGGUGGAUUAUAUGACAAACAUUGAUGGGAUGUGAUGAAUUGAAAUUUAGCCCCAUGAAGCUGUUAGAGGAUUGCUGAAACAUGAAAGGGAGUUUGUAUUUGUUGUAGACCUUAUUUUUCUUUUAAGGUAUUUAUUGAAAUAUAAAGCUAUACAUUAAAUCACAAGUUGUUUCCGAGAUAUUGAAUCUUCUGCUGGGCUUAAAUCUGGGGAAUGAUGGGGAGAGAGCAUGUAGGAUGAACAGAAGCCCUGAUUUAAAUUCUGCAGAACUUACAUACAGCAGAGGUAACAUUCUUCUGGUGUGAAGUGUGUGCCAAACAUGCAGUGAUUCCAAGUGAUUGUGGAUUAAUUUUAUAUCCUGUAUUAAGCUCUAGUUUAGUCCAUUGGAAAUAACAUUGGAUUUUGAUGACCUUCAGAGGACCAACAAUCUCUGACAAGUAGCAAAAACAGAUCUCAGCAAGUAGAGUAUGAACAGAACAAUCAUCUAGGGACAUUUCUCCAGAGUACAUUCCCAAACUCCACCAAUUUGUGAUUUAAGGAUUUUCAGAAGCAGAAAUGGAGCUUUUGUAUUAAACAGCCAUGAUGGAUUUUUCUUCCAUGAAUUUGUGCAGUUACUUUUUGAACACGUGUAAACCUUUAUCAUCCAUAGCCUCUUCCCAGAAGGAGCUGCACACUUUCACAUUUGGUGUGAGAAAACAUAUGCUUUUGUUUUGAAUCUUCCAUCUGCCUUGACAUCCCAUAGGGAUCCUAAACUGAAAGGUUUCCUCUUCUGUGUAUGUCAACAUAGUAUGGGCAAUGCUGCCAAAGGAUGGUAUAAUCUCCAUCAUGGGAGAUUUUUUCCCAAGAGGUUGCAUGAACAGGACAAAUCCCACCUUUAAAGGCAGUGUUAGAAUUUCUCCAUUUUUAUUGGAAUGUUCUAAUAUGAAGAUCAGUGUUAAAGAUUACAUGUAAAAACGAUGGGCGAGAGUUCCAGUUGUGGGCCAAUUAAUGGAUUCCCUGAGAAUGAUGGAACAAAAAGCAACACUGAUUUAAGCCCUGUUUCCCACACAUUUUAUAGGAGUGAUUCCAGCACAGUUUGAAACUUGCUCUUCUGCCAGCUUGCAGCCACAGCACAUAAGAAAAUGAAUACCCCCGCUUUAUUGAGCAGAAUUCCAGAUCUGGAAAUGCAUCCAGGCCAGAUCACCUACAUGAUGGUUACCUCUUUUCACACAAAAGUUAACCUGGAGACGGUGGUUUCCUACUUAAUACAUACAAUCAGUUGAAAAAAGGCAGGUAUAUAAUUGAGCUGAGUUCCAGCAAAAUCAGUGGAAGUCUCUCCCUUCCACUGAGUUGAAUUAUAUUCUAAAUGAGGUAGCGGAUUAAGAAAAUAUGUGACUCAAUGCAUAAGAAAUAAGAAUGGCUUCCAUUCUAAACACUUUGUUUCACGACUGAGUGCUUUAAUAUAAAAUUUAAUAUUCAUUCUCCAAACAGGCUUUAUUGGCAAGCUGUCUUGUCAUUGUUAUGUACAAAUUAUGAAAAAAUUGAGUUAUUCACUGGCAAAGAGAGGAAUUCUUUGGAGAACUGACUGAAAUGAAGGCACUCAAUUUUUGCAAACAAGAAAUAAAUGUACUCAUUAGAUCUAAAUUUUAGAUGAAGUGAUAUCAAAUCUGGCAGAUCUCUAGGCAAAAAAGUACUUGAAACUGCAUAUUCAAGUCAUAUUAAUUGUGAAUUUCUAUAUAGUGUUUACAGCUAGUAAACAUUGAUUUAUUGUAAAUGCACUGGCCAGUUUGUAUAGCAGAUGAUUUAAAUUAAAUUAAUGGAAUCCAAAUAAAAUAUUCAAAAUAAUAUUGUUGCCACAACACAAAAUAAUGGAUUCUCAGUUAAGGCGUUCAUUUUAUCCUCUUUAAACCAAACUAAAACAUUUUUUAGCAUGGCCUGGAAUAGAGCAUAAAUUUUGCAAGCAUAAUGAUUGCAUGCCAAUGUCUUACAGUUGUUUUAAGGUCUGAAGUUUUCACUACAUCAUUUCUGUUUUUUCUCACAGCAGUUGUAGAUUUUAGAAACAAACCACCAUAUUUGAAAUGACAGUGGUUUUUCUGCAAAAUGUCUGUAUUUUUGAAGAUAGCAGUAUUCAAAUUUUCCUCAAAUUAAUGGAACAUGAGAGGUGCCUCCAAACAUUAUUAUUUCAAAUGAUUUCUCAUUGCUAGUGUUUUAAAGACACCCAGGCCCAGAUAAGCAAAGAGACAUUGUCGGACUCAAAGCAGCAACACUUGAGCAUUUGGCAGCUCUGAGAGUGGAAUUUAGGUGCUUUGGCUGCAUGGAUGUAUAUUGAAGGUCAAGAUUUAUAGUGCAGAGUGCAGCGAAACGUGUAAAGCAUCUAAUAAGAAAUGACAAAGAGAUCUAAGCAUCUGAAACUGAGACUCUCUCAACUAGAUAGUCACUUACAGCCCUGAACUAGACAUAUUUGAGCUUUUGGGAUUCCCAGAAUUGUCUGUUGGCAUUGCAUAAAUUACAUCAAUAGUGAUUUUUAGCAUAUAGGCAACAUACACCUAACUCCCAGGUACACAGAUGAAGUGCAUUGGUGUGCCAAUAAAAACCUCGGUGAUCACUACUGAUCCACAAUAUUCCAUGAUUCGCUGCCAGAAUCACAGCACCUUCUUUUGCAUAUUCCCAGCUUUAUAAUCUACUGCAAUACAUUUCUCUCCAUCUUUUUCCACAUUAUGUGUCGCAUCUAGUUCUGCUGAAUUUUUAGUCUCUUUUGGAAAAAAUAAUGAUGGAAGGCUGGCACUAUAGAGCUUUUAUAGUUAUGAGUCUUAAGUCUCCUACUUCUUGGAUCUAUAACUUUCUACAGUAAAUUGCUUUGUAAGAUUUGAGUAUACAGUCCCUGAAAAUGCACUUACUAAUUCAGAAUGUUCGUCAGGUGCUUGUAACAUUCCCAGCAAAGUUUUGAGUUCUCUGUAAAGUCACAUACUUGUAAAAUGAAAUCUUGUUGCUUUCUUGCUGCUUAACAUGUCACUUUAGUAUCAUAUAGACACACAUAAUGUCCUAUUCUGGGCAUUGACUACAUUAACUCAGUGGCUGCAUCAUAAAAAGCUGGUACUGGCCAUGAUUUUACUUUAUAUUUGUUUGUGUAACUGCCAUGUCGUGUGGAAUGAUUGUUUUUAUGAGAAGGUGUACAUUCAAAGCCACUAAACAACUAUAUUUCAUUAGUUACACAUCAGUUACUAAUAUUAGCAAUUCUAUAGCAGUUUUCCAGCUCACAGUUAGUUGGAGUUUCCAUUAGAGCCCCUACCUUUUAGAGGGCAUGGAAGUGUGCUUUCCGCUGGAACUUUUUAUUUGUUAUAUUCUAAAAUAGAUACCUACCUCCCAUGUCAUACUUACCAGAGGGGAACAGUGCAGCAUCUAAUAAGAACAGGCUGACAUUGUUGAUAGAAGCAAAUGAAGUAGAAGCAUUAUUUAAUCAGAAAGGAAACAUGAAGUUUGAAUGCAAUACACUUUUAGGAGUUCAAAAAGAGACAAUCCUUGUGUGCUAAGUCCCGUAGAAGUAAGGGAAAGAAAUAUAAUGCAUAAAGCAGGCUCCCCUGUUGACAGGGAGUCCACAGUGCGCGUAGAUGUAUUACAAUGGCUUGGCUAACUCUUCAGCUCUGGGUCCUCUGAGGUUGUCUUUGAUGUUUACGCGGUGUGUGCUAGGGGUCUUGCUCAGUUCACUGAACUUUAGAGGUAAUCAUAUAGCUCUCAUCAUUUUAAUAUCAGAUGCUGGCAGGUGUUUGGAGUGCCAUCACAGCCGAAAGAAAUAAUUGUGGUAGAACAAACACUCUUCAAAUAUAACUGCCAAAUUCCAUGUGCGAAGUAAAACGCCAUGUGCUCUGGGCCCACACCAUAAAAGAGAAUUAUUGCCCAAAUCCUUUGUGGAGUCAUAAGAGGUAGAUGGAAUUAGGGGCCAGAAGCCUGUUUUAGGCUAUUCUUUACUUAUUUAUAAAUAGAAGAGAAACUGCAUUGUAAGAUAUUUAUAGCCUGUCAAUUGGUCAAGAGUGUGGUCAGUCUUUCUCUUGUCAGUACUGUGAGAUGUGGGAAAAGGUGAAAUCUAUGGCAUGUAAAAAAGGAUUCAAAAUAGUAUAUGGUAUGUGUGCUUUUAGCAUAGUGC